ACUUAAGGUUAGUUAGAUCUGUUGUAUUGAGGGCGGUCCUCCAUUGUCAAUGUUUGUAUUUUAUCAUCCUUGUUUUUGCUUCAGUAGCUUCAGUGACGACAUUAAAAAGCAUUUAUGACACACCUACUUUGUCAUCACGUGUCUAAAGUCAGUGUUGUAACGUACUGAUUAGUACGAACUACAUGAUACAAAUUUUUUACCGAGUUACUAUUUUUUGGGUGGAACAGCAUUUUUGCAUACUGUUUGGAGCCACGAAUUCGUACAACCUGAUGUUAUUGGGUUUACAUUGGUUGUGUGAAUAUAAGAUAUUGGUUUGUACUUUCUUACUGUUGAAAUCUGACGGUAUAUUUUUACUAGCUUAAUACGGAUUUAGUUAUGUGUAGCAAAUGUAGACUUUGACACAGCAUGGAAAAGUUUCACCACGUAAACAAAGUAGUAGUGAGAAAUAAAAUGGAAUUCAUACGAUAGGUAAAUAAGAAUUGUGUUCAAUAUAAGACGAACUUCAGUUAAUAAGGGAGUUCUCUUCAAGCUGGGAUACUUAUCUCAUGUCUAUGAAUAAUGUGCUUGAAAACUACAGUCUGAUAUCCACUUGUUUUAUUUCAAACCAUACCUAAUGACAUUCCAAAGCAGAGUUGGGAUUCCAACUAAGUUGUGAUGAAGCGAAAGUUGUUAAUAGUGUACGGUUUUUCAUGCCAUGACAACGUGCUAUAAACUAAAUACCUCUUUUUCUACCUGUUUAUGGAUCUCGUAAAUAAUGGGUGGUGUGGAAGCAGCCAAAAUAAUAUACCUGAAACAUGAUUUAACCACUAAAAUUAGUGUUAGAAAAAUAAUAGAAUAGCUUAAGUUGUUAUCACCGAUCCUAAACACUACCGAGAUUCCGCGUUAUUAGCAUAAUACCACUAAAUACUAGUAGUCAUUCAGAAACUGGUUAGUUCUCUCAAUGCCAGGAUUCACAGAGAUGGGUUGUGUAUUCUACCUUACAUGAACUAACUGGUAUCAUCACGACACUAAAGAUGAUUAAAGACGGCAUAAGCUGCUGUGGUUUCCACCAUUGUUAGAUCUCAUAUGUUGUGCCAACAUUAAUUCAUAAGCACGAUUGUUGUAUUCUCCAGGGUAUAUAACUGUAGCACGUUGUUUUUAUCGCAAAUUAAGAGCGAAGGGGUUGUCCUGUACUCUGCUGUGAGAAAAUUUAUUUUUAAAUUGAUAAUGAAUACUCUCUUGAACAGUUUAAACUACCACCUGUACUUUAUCCUCUUCAUUUAUAUACAUAAGUAUUCCUUGCUAUAAUCCCGUAUUGGUAGUUCAAACACUCAUUGGGUAUCUGUUUUAUGCGUAACCUAACGUCGUCGUGUAUGUGCCUUUUUAGUAAUACCAAGCUGACAAAGAUAGUGAACCUAAUCAACUUGAUACAGUUCUUCAACAAUUAUUGUCGCAAUGGAUCGUGGGACUAAACGUGCUAGAUAUAGUCCAGAAAAUGAGAAGAGUAGCGCUGUGUCGGAGAACCCUAAGAAAGAUGAUUCGUCGAAAAAUCCUGACAAAUUCGCUAACAUAUUUGGUAAAACUGGUGGUGCGUAUAUUCCCCCUGGUCGGCUUCGCCAAAUGCAAGCCCAAAUAACUGACAAAUCAUCUGAGGCUUAUCAACGAAUUGCUUGGGAAGCACUGAAAAAAUCCAUCCAUGGUUUUAUUAAUAAAGUGAAUGUAUCCAACUUAUCUGAAGUUGUCAAACAGCUACUUAUGGAAAAUAUUGUUAGAGGUAGAGGUUUAUUCGUUAGAUCCCUUUUAACCGCACAGUCGGCGUCACCAACUUUCACCCAUGUUUUUUCGGCCCUUGUUGCUGUUGUCAAUUCGAAAUUUCCCAAGGUCGGAGAACUGGUUCUUAAACGAUUAAUCAAUGAAUUCCGUAAAGCAUUUCGACGUAAUCAGAAAGAUCGAUGUUUGUCUACUGCACGAUUUCUAGCACAUUUGGUCAACCAAAAAGUUGUUCAUGAAUUAAUAAUCCUGGAAUUAUUGACGCUACUACUAGAGCAAACAACCGAUGACAGUGUAGAAGUGGCAGUAUCUGUCCUUAAAGAAUGUGGUGCUAUGCUUUCACGUCUUGUACCGAAAGGUGUUCACGGAAUUUUCGAACAUCUUCGACGUAUUCUAAAUGAAGGUCAAUGUGAUAAACGUAUUUCUUAUAUGUUAGAAGUUAUGUUUCAGAUUCGUCGUGAUGGAUGGAAAGAUCAUCCGAUUGUCUUGCCAGAACUUGAUUUAAUUCAGGAAAGUGAUCAAAUCACUCAUACAACUUCACUUCUUGAUCAAGUAGAUCCAGAGGAACAUUUGAAUGUGUUUAAAUUCGAUCCAGAAUUCUUGGCAAAUGAAGCAAAGUAUGCUGAAAUUAGAGCAGCAUUAUUUGAAUCGAAUGAAGAUUCAGAGGCUGAGUCAGAUGGUGAAAAUGAAGGUGAAGAUUCAGACGAAUCAGGUAAUGAAGAUGAUGACGGUGAUGAAGAGGAUGAAGAACAUAAACGUAGUGCCGCUGCAACUGCAGAGAAUCAACAAACAAUUAUUGAUCAAACAGAAACAAAUCUAGUCCACCUACGUCGUACCAUCUACUUGAUGCUGCAAAGUAGUUUAAGUGCAGAUGAAGCUGGACAUCGUCUUCUGCAGUUGAAAAUUAAACCUGGUGAAGAGUAUGAAGUAGCUUCUAUGGUUUUAGAUUGUUGUGCUCAAACACGUAGUUAUGAAAGUCGUUAUGGUCGAUUAGCUCAAAGACUUUGCCGAGUUGUCUUUCCAUCUAGUACCCCAUCCAGCACGGGAUCUACUACUGUUUCUGUAAGCUCCGACUUAGGUCCCGGUAGCCGAUAUCGAAGUAAUAAAGAGGUCAGUAAGCCUACAGCGAAAGAAGAAACUCCUGCACCGGUUGUAGAAGAAUCAGGUCCACCCCGUAGUUAUGUUGCUCAGUUUGAAAAGAUUUUCUCUGAACAAUACUCAAUUAUUCAUAGAUUGGAAACUGCAAAAUUACGUAAUGUUGCUUUCUUGUUUGCCCAUCUUUUAUACUCUGAUUCUAUAUCAUGGGGUGUAUUUGAAUGUGUACGUUUGAAUGAACGUGACACAACUUCUUCUGGACGUAUAUUUCUCAAGCAUCUUUUUCUGGAACUUUGCUCAUUUAUGGGCUUGUCGAAGUUACAAGCAAGACUUCGUGAUGAGACACUUCAGCCAUUUUUUGCUGGUCUCCUACCACGUGAUAAUCCUAAAGAUACACGAUUUGCUAUUAAUUUUUUAACCACAAUUGGUUUAGGUGGUUUAACCUUAGACCUUCGUGAACAUUUACAAGCAUCACGUGAUUCAGCUCUGGCAAAAAAAGAAUCUGAAUCCAAGAAUAAACUAUCAUCAUCCGUCUUAGGUGAUAUAUCGAUUUCAUCUUCAUCGUCUUCUUCAAGUUCAUCUUCUAGUGGUGAUAGUAGUAGUAGUGAAUCAGAGUCGAGUUGUUCAAAUGAUGAAAAGCAUCGUAAAAAGAGAAAACAUUCUAAAGACAAGCAUAAAUUACAAAAGAAGUCACAUAGCAAUCGUCAUCAUGACGAACAUCACCAGCAACAUAAAUCUUCUAAACAUACUUCAUCGAAACACUCUGAAAUGCCAUCGGAUAGAAUUUCCAAACAUUCUGAUUCAACACAUAGAAAUGAUAAAAGAUCUCGUUUAAAAACUCGUCCUGUAGACACUCCAUUUUUCAAUGAUACACCCAAUUCGCCUGCCCAUUCACGUCAAAUAAAAAUGAGAGUAAAAUAACUAUACCUUUUAUGAAUGUUUUUACAAUUCCUAUAUUUGUACAAAAAAUUGUAUAAUUAUUUAUAAAGAUAUCUUUUUCAAUUGGUCCUAAUCAUUUUGUUGCACCCAACAAAAUCAAUCGUCACUUUUUCAAUAGAAUUUAUCUCCGAGAU